CUUCAAUAUCAUCCACCAAUGGCUUAUGUCAUCGUCUUCCUCCUCGUCUCCUCUUUAACACUGUCCUCACAGAUUUCUGCAUCUUCCAUUAAUUCCGACUGCCCUAUGGACUUCAGCUAUGUCGCCACAAUCCCCUGGGACUCCUCCUCCUGUACUCACGACAACAUCGCCACCUGCUGUCAGACUCUUACCAGCCUCAUCGGCGUCGCCACCGCCCGCUACCUCAACCACACCUCCCAUUUCCGCCUCCCCGACCGCAGCACCUCCGCCUCCUGCCUGUCGGAAUUCCAGGCCAGGCUCGCCGGCCUCGGCCUCGCCCCCAACCUGACGGCGGUCUGUUUCCGACCGGAGCAAUUUGUCCAUACCAGAAAUGCUUGCGCCGGCGUACGGACCACGUCGGACUGGCUGAGGCUGUUAGGACAUUCCACCGCCCUCGACGCCGCCUGCCGGACAGACGUCGCCGACGCGGCGGCCUGCGACGCCUGUGUCCUCGCCGGCUUCCAGGUCCAGUCCCGGCUGCUCGGUAUCGACGGCGAUGUCGAUCACUGGAAAGGAUGCUUUUAUUACACUGUUCUGUAUGCCGCCGGCGUUGUCAACGAGCUCGGCCCUGACAGCCCCGGCGCCCUCUCUUGCAUCCUCGGAUUGCCCGUUUUGUCUUCGGCGCCGGCGAGAAAAUCGGCGAUUGUCUUCGGCUCUGUCGGCGCCGCCGUAUCGGCUGUUUUUGUAAUGAUAUGUUUAGUUGGAUGCUACAUGUUGCAUUUUUCCGGUGACCGGAAAAUUGCUCCGCCGCCGGAAGUUCCAUCGUUACCGAGAUUGGAUUUCGAUUCGGAGGAGGAUGCGUUGCUGAAUUGGAAGCCAAGAUCGCGGCCGAUGGAAUUCGAGAUCCGCGACCUCGAGAAGGCGACAGGAACAUUUUCGACGAGGAACUUAAUAGGGAAAGGGCGGUUCGGCGAUGUCUACAAGGGGACAUUGCGCGACGGAACUACGAUCGCCGUCAAGAGGAUAAUCGACUCGGGUUUUUACAAAAUUCACGGCGAGUAUCACGGGGAAUUCGAGAUGAUCUCGAUUUUGAAGCACCGGAAUCUCGUCCCGCUACGAGGCGGGUGCGUCUCAAACGGCGUAGAGUAUGUCGUCUACGAGUACAUGCCGAACGGGAAUCUACAAGACCGUUUAUUCCCCCAGGUUACGACUCAACGAGUUCUGCUGACAUGGCAGCAAAGAAAGACGGUGAUUCUCGACGUGGCAAAUGCGUUGGCUUACCUCCAUUACGGCGUGAAUCCGCCAAUAUAUCACCGUGACGUAAAGCCGAGCAACAUAUUGUUAGACUCGAGCAUGCGCGCUCGAGUCGCAGAUUUCGGGCUUGCCAAACGAGGGAUACCGUCAGAGGGCAAUUGCGACUUCUCGACGCGAAUCGUCGGGACGCAUGGGUAUAUGGCGCCCGAGUACGCUCUAUAUGGGCAGCUGACAGAGAAGAGCGAUGUGUACAGUUUUGGAAUUGUGGUUCUAGAGAUAAUGUGCGGGAGAAAAGUUCUCGAUUUUUCGGGGCCAUCGGCGGAGUUGCUGAUCACGGAUUGGGCUUGGAGGCGGGCGAGGGGCGGGAGGGCGGCAGCAGCGGUGGACCCCGCCGUGAUCGGCGGCGGCGGGAAGGAUGGGGUGGCGGCGAUGGAGAGGUUUGUGAGGGUUGGGAUUUUGUGUGCGCAUUUGAUGGUGGCUUUGAGGCCAACAAUGUUGGAGGCUAUAAGGAUGUUGGAAGGAGACAUUGAUGUUCCGGACAAUAUUCCCGACAUGCCAUUCUAUUUGUAUACAACAAUGUAAAAUUUCUAUGUCGCGUAAGGGGUAAGGGAUAGCUAUGCAGCGUAUGGAGUGAAUUUGUGACUGUGAGAUCAUGAGUUUAAA